AAACACGCUUUAUGGUGUUCGUAACUUCAAAAUAGGAUAAUAAUCUACGAAUAAAAAUAAUUCCUGCUUCACGUCAGUUGAAAUCGAACGUCUCUGUUUGCAGAGAUUUGUCAGCUGUAGGUAUCGUUUUAAAAAUCAACCCGAUAACCGUAGUAUCAAUCUUCCCAAAAUUAUAUUCUAUGUUUACAGCUGAAAGUGUGUGAGAGCCUCGGGAAUAUCAGAAGCCUCUACUCCCCCGAAGAUUAGUGACGUCAUGUUCAAACUGGAGUUAAGGGAGAAAGCAGGGAAAAGCUAAGUGGGCAAAGUAGUUCUGGCUCUCCACCCUCUCUGCCUUCUGAGCACUUCUCAUAAAUAUUACUUUAAUCUGGAAGCUCGCGGCAGAAAGUCACCCACCGCUAACAGGGGGCUUUGAAUCCCACACGACCGUUAUUAUAAUUUUAUUCAUUUUUGUAUUCGUCCAAGACUCGCCUGCGGUUGCCUGAUUUGGUGCUGCCGCUGCCGACAGUUUUUCCGCAACUUUCAGCGCCCGAGUCUCUCGUCCAGACCAUCAACAUCUCGGCAACUGUAGAGCUGGAGGAUCAAAAGCAACCGAAAGACUUGCUGAAACUCCGGUCUUCUCCGAAACCUGGGAAUUUUCUGUCCUGUACAACGGAGGAGGAAAAACGCAAGAUAUUGCUGAAACCCUCGACCGUAACGACUCCUGGAUUUCUUUUCUUUGGUUUUUAACAGUUUGGCUGCGCAGAAAUUGACUUUCGCCUGCUGCCUCGAGGCCACGGGAUUUAAUAUUCUCCUAAUAUAAAUAGGCCUUACGUUCAAGAUCGCCCAAGAUGAGCAAACCUGCCGGAUCAACAAGUGGGUGUUUAGAUAUUUUAAAUGUCAAAUCCAGUCGAAUUUUGGAUAUCCCCUGCAAAGUAUGUGGAGAUCGAAGUUCUGGAAAACACUACGGUGUCUACGCCUGCGAUGGAUGCUCAGGAUUUUUCAAGAGAAGUAUUCGCAGAAACAGAACAUAUGUCUGCAAAUCUGGCAAUCAGGGGGGAUGUCCUGUGGAUAAAACACACAGAAAUCAAUGCCGAGCUUGUCGACUGAAGAAGUGUCUGGAAGUAAACAUGAAUAAAGACGCUGUGCAGCACGAGAGGGGGCCAAGAACGUCCACCAUACGGAAGCAGGUUGCCCUGUAUUUCAGAGGACACAAGGAAGUGAACGGGUCCUCUACUCACUUUCCAGCUUCUUCCAUGCCGGGCCCGCCUUUCUUCACCGCCGUCACUCAGCUGGAGCCUCACAGCCUGGAGCUGAGCACGGUGUCCAGCACGCCGGAGAGGCAGGCGAUCGUGGGGCUCGCGCAGCCCACCCCGAAGUACCCGCAUGAGGUCAGUGGGACACCGAUGUACCUUUACGAGGUGGCAACAGAGUCUGUGUGCGAAUCAGCCGCUAGACUUCUUUUCAUGAGCAUCAAAUGGGCCAAAAGUGUACCUGCCUUUUCCACCCUCCCUUUACCUGACCAGUUAAUCCUAUUAGAAGAUGCCUGGAGAGAACUGUUUGUUCUGGGCAUUGCGCAGUGGGCGAUUCCAGUUGAUUCAAGCACCCUUCUUGCAGUUUCCGGCAUGAACACAGAGAACACAGAAUCACAACGGUUGAAUAAAAUCAUUUCAGAAAUACAAGCUCUUCAGGAAGUAGUCACCAGGUUCAGACAGCUUCGCCUUGAUGCAACAGAAUUUGCAUGUUUGAAGUGCAUUGUAACAUUCAAAGCCGUCCCCACUCACAGUGGCUCCGAGCUGAGAAAUUUCCGCAACGCCUCGGCCAUAGCAGCCCUACAGGACGAAGCACAACUCACCCUGAACAGUUACAUACACACAAGAUACCCAACACAGCCCUGCCGCUUCGGGAAGCUGCUGCUUCUUCUGCCGGCGUUGCGAUCGGUGAGCCCAUCUACCAUCGAAGAAGUCUUUUUCAAGAAGACCAUCGGAAAUGUGCCAAUCACGAGGCUGCUUUCUGACAUGUACAAGUCCAGUGAUAUAUGAAUGCCUACGGCCUGUGAUAAAGCUUACAACAAGCAGCUCGCGCAUGACACAAGCAUUUGAAAGAGUGCAAAGUCGAACACCCCAAAGAAUUACAAUCUUAGUACAUGUGCCGGGUAUUUUAAAAAAUCACCUACAACCAGGAAAUGAUUUUUGUCGAGUUAAAGGGGAUUACUGACAAAAGCCUGAAUGACAUGAUUUCAUAAAUCUGAAAAUAACAGUUAUUGUACUUGUUAAAAUGUAUUUUCCCAAUGGAAUUACCUCUGACCUAUAUAAAGAUCAUGAAAAUGCUCACAAAAAGCCACUUUAUUCCGGUUGGCGUACAAUUCAAUGGAUAUAUCUUCAGAUGUAAAAAAAAAAAAA